AUGGCCAAUGAGAUCGGAGAUGAUAUUUCGUUCCAGAGGGCAAUAGAGAUUGCUAGACGGAUCGACAUGGUUCAUGGGCAGCAUCCCACAGUAGAGUUCUCAUGCCAUGGUUCCGGCACCGGUUGCUUUAUUGCCGCUCAGCUAGCUAGAUGUAGGGGUCAGGCUACUAGAGUUAGAAGUAAAGUUGUUAGAGGUGGAGGCCAGGCUGUUAGAGGUAGAGGCCAACCAAUUAGAGUCCGUCUGAGAGGUAGAGUAACGGUGUUACGGUUUAACGGUGUUAUUCAUAGAGAUCUCAAUUGUAGUAACAACUUUAUCAAUGGCAAUGUUGGAAAGUAUAUGUUUAAUUUGCACCCAUCACCAAAGAAAAACAAAAAGAAUACCAGCAAGAAGAUUCAGACCCAAAGAUCUGAAGAAAAGGAUGAAGACAAAAUUGAAAAGGACCAAGCGGCCUCUUCCAUAGAGAUACUAUGUGAAAAACAAAAACAAAAGGGUGAUGAUUUUAACAACAAUACAAUUUUAGAGGAAAAUAACUUGUCAGAAAAUUCUAAUCGUGCCCUUAAAGACAAUAACGUUGAUAAUAAUUCCAAGCUUCCGAUGAAAGAGGGAAAAGAUGUAGACUAUCAUGUACAACAAGGAAUACUAGAGAGUACAAUGUUAAACUCCAAUAAUAUUAUUGACCCCAACCAGUCACCUAAUGAAAAUAAAGAGGAAAGUGGUAAGGAGGUGAUACAGAAUGUAAGACCUCCAGAACAGAAUGGAAGCAAAAAUGGAAAGGAGCAAGCGAGCUCUUUCAAGGAGGAACUACCUGAAAAACAACAAGAAGAAGAAGACAUCAAUGGUGAAUUUGAUCUCAACGUCAUCACAAGUGAAGACAGUCUCCCAAAUAAUUCUGAUCGCACUUUAAAAGAUACAAACAUUGAUGGUGGCUCAAAACUUCCAAUGAGAUAUGAAAAAGAUCAAGAUUACUAUCGUUUGAAACAAGGAAUACCAAGAAAUAUAAAAUUCCGUUCUAUUAUUGACAUAUAUAAGUGUUCGAAUAGGCUCUCAUCACCUGAAGAGGAAUACAAUUGGAAUCGUCUAAGUAUUUCACAGAACAAGAGAUCUGAAGUACACAAUACAAACAAAACGGGAAAGGAUGAAGCUGACACUUCCAAGGAGACACUACCUGAAAAACAAAAACAAAAUGCCAUUCAAGGUGAUUUUGAGAGCAAGAUAGUCACUGGUGAAGAUAGCCUAGUAGAUAAUUCUAACCAUACCAUAAUGGACAAUAACAAUGAUAAUAGGCUGAAACUUUCAACGAAAGACAAAGAAGAUCAAAAUUACCAUAUAAAUCAGAGAAUAUCAAAGAGUACGAUGUUCGAUUCCCUUAUUAAACUAUGCGAGGCGAUACAAAACAAGAGACCUGAAGAAAACAAUGGAAGCAAUACAAGAAAGGGCCAACAUGUUUCUUCCGAGGAGGAAUUAGAUGACCAACAAGAAGAAGAAGAAAAAGAUAUCAAUGGUGAGUUUGAGGUCAACAGAGUCACACGUGAGGAUAGACUCCCUGAUAAUUUUGAUUAUAACGCCAAUAGUGGCUCGAAACUUUUGACAAGAGACGAAAAAGAUAAAAAAUACUAUAUCACGCAAGGAAUCCCAAGGAGUAUAAAAUUCCGUUCCAUGACUAACCUUUACAAGUAUACUACUAGGCUCUCACCUGUUGAAGAUGAAUAUAAUUGGAAUCUCCCGAUUGGAGAAAAUCCAAAUAUGAGUAUUCGCUCGACCAAAGAAGAUUCAAGUAUCAAAACCAACAAAGAGAAUGUUGGUUAUAAGAGAAAAUUGAGAGACAAUCAAAAAGGCAAAGGGGAAAAGGAUGUUACGACUUCUUCCACCUCCAAAGUUGUAAAUAAAAGAUCUGCCGACGAUAGUAAGAGAGAAGGGAACACUGCGGAGAAAACAUCUUCUCCAAACACUAUCCGCAGCCACAAGUGA